AUUUUGUAACCAUGGUGCUCUUCAAAGAAUUUGAGGGAGACUGGGGGCUUAACUUGGAAGCCAAGUUCGAACUUAAUCCCCCCGAGCAGCACCAGCAAGUAGUAACUGAGGAGGAGGUGGAGGAAAUGGACGAAAUGGACGAAAUGGAUGAGAUGGAGGAGAUGGUGGAGAGCGAUGAACAAGAGGAAAUGGAGGAUCCUCUACAAAUCGACGGUCAGAACGCUCCGGUUGACUCAGACGAUGAGGAGAUGGUAAUUCUUGAUGGGCAGGUUCCUGAAGGUUUUGGAAAUCCUGGUACCCACAGGUACCAGAUUCCAGACUACAUUGUCCAGUGCCAAGUCCAGCAAGAAGACCAAGAAGAGCCAGUUUACCACCAGAUCCUGUUUCACUCUCCAGAAAUUGUGGUGGAGAACAACGGGACUCAAGUAGAGGCUUUUAUUGUGCCUAGUCCACUGGCAAAUGAGUACUGCACAUUGCAACCUGAACAGGUUGGCACCAUCAGUCAAGUUAAUACAGCUAGAAACGAGGGCUACAUGUUCCUCCUUCCUCCAAAUGAUCCAAACCUCCCUCAACAGCCAGGUCCUUCAGCAUCCAUCGUCAUUCGGCAUGACCAAACCAUCAUCGGCCCUCCGAAUGUUCGAUUCGGGCCCCUCAGAUCAAUUCAGGCUGCCCCAUCUGAUGAUGAGAGUGAAAACUCCUCAGGUAAUCUGCAGGAUGAUGAGGUUUCAGGCUCCGUUAAAAUUGUUGAUGAGGACGCUGAAAAGGCUGCUGACUCAGAAAAUGAUUUAUCAACAUUGUCAGAUGCAAGUGAAGCUGGAGAUAAAUUAGAAGAAGAUCCAUCAGGAAAUGAAGAAGCCAUAUCAGCAAAUUUGACAUCUGAGCAGAAAUCAGAUGUCGACCAAGAAAAAGAAGAAGACAAAGAAGAAGAAAAAGAAGAAGACAAAGAAGAAGAAAAAGAAGAAGAAGAAAAAGAGGAGUAAACAACUUAGUGUUGAUGAAAAUUUGAUAACAUAGCAUGAUUAGAAUUGAUAAUGUAAUGACAUAUUUGUAAUGAUAAAUAUAUUUUUAUAGCAUUCAGUUUUUUAAAAUGACAAAUGAAUUUUAGCAGAAAUAUGACUGCAUAAAUGGUUCUGAUCAUAAUUUCAAAAACCAAUUCUGGGUUUUUUGUUCAAUAUCUUAUUUAAUUCUAUAACAAUACAGUAUAAAAUAUUUAACUUGGUUUAUUAACAACCUUAAUAAUCUUUAAGGAUUACAAUGAUAUUAGAUAACAAAACAACAAAAUUAAUAAGAACAAUAUAAAUAAACGAAAACAAACCUGUAAGGAUUAAUUAAAUUACACGUUAUUAUUUAUGUUUUAAAAAACACAAUUUGUAACCAAAAUAUAACUGUUAAAUUCCAGCUGGUAUUUACACCACUCCCCCCCCCUCCCCGAAAUCACUUUUUCGUAGUGUAAAGUGAUAAUUUGCUACUGUUAAAAUAAUUUGAUAUAUUUUUUUUUAAUAUUGCCGUUUUUAUUCAUUGUAUUGACUGGAGAAAUUAAAGAUUGUUUUCCAAGCAGCAAAUAUGCUGGCUCGAAUUUAGUGAAUGAAUGUAUUGUUUUGUUAUAUUCUGACAUACAAUCUUCUGUUACUCUUGGCCAAGCAUGUUUAUCGCCGCUAUUUAUUUUACACCUUAUUCUCUUCAUUAGAGUUUCUUUUAACCUCUCGUUGAGGCCAUUAGGCUCUGGACAAUCUACAUAAGUGAAUAUUAAAUAAAUUUUCAUAUUCUCCUGCUAUGUUUUAAGAUUUGUAGAGUUUGAGACCGUAUAUUGAUCUGCCAGUUAUAUUAGAUCUGGAUCAGUAAGUUUACUAAAAUCUCCAGCACACUGACCUUUCAUAGUACAUAUCUUAGGUGAUCGAUUUGCUCCGAAUCCAUCAACGGAAUCAAUCGACAUGAUCUUGUAAGUUUCUUUUGCGGGACCUAGCUUAGACAUUAAACCGAUGGGUGUACUGGUGCGCACUUCAUUGUCUAUGCAAACAAUACAGAUUUUACAAAAUUGACUUAUUAGCGAGUCUGAAUUUAUAAAUAAUACAUAGGCCUUAUUUUAUAUCUCAUUUGAGCUACACCAAUGUGGCCAUAACAAUCAUGUACGUGGCAGAUAAUUUUGAUACCAAAGUCAGAUGAAACACAUAUUCUUCCUUUCAAUUUCUUGAAUAUAAUGUUAUUGUAUUUUGAGCGGAUUUCAGUUGUUAGUUGUUUUUAUUUUGAUCAUUAAUUGUUUCAUUUAGUUUACUUGUUUCAUUAACUUUACUGCAUCAAUUACAUCUUCAUUUUUGAAAUAUUCCAAAACAGACAGGUCUGCAAAAAUAUUUUAUUUACCUUUUUUUUUUUUAUAACUAUAAAAUUAAAUUGAGAUAAGCAAUGAAUCAAAUCACCAGAUAAUUCAUCUGUUCAUGGUUUGGUUUUAAAAUUUUCUAGCGGCUUUUGGUCAUUUUAUACAAUAAAUUCUCGCCCAAUUAAAUAAUAUUGCCAAUAAUUUACAGUGCCCCUUAUAGCUUUACAUUCUAAGAAUUUAAAGAGGAGAUAAAUAAUUACAAUAAAUGGUUACAAGUGUUUGUAAACCAAUAAAUAAUAACGUGUAAUUUAAUUAAUUCUUACAGGUUUGUAUUUGUUUCUUUAUAUUGUUCUUAUUAAUGUAUUUUUUUAUCUAAUAUCAUUGUAAUUCUGAUAGAUUAGUAAAAUCGGUUAUUAAUGAAUCAAGUUGAAUAUUUUGUACUAAAUUAAUGAAUUAAAUAAGGUAUUAAACAAAAAACCUAGAAGUGGUUUGAGAAAUUAUGAUCAGAACCAUUUAUGCAGUCAUAUUUCUGCUGAAAUUCCUUUGUUAUUUUUAAAAACUGAAUACUAUAAAAAUAUAUUUAAGAUAGGAGGGGAGGUGUAAAUACCAGCUGGAAUGCGACAGCUUUGUUGGUUACAAGUUGUGGUAUUUGUUAAUGCAUAAAUAAUAACUUGUAAUUUAAUUAAUGCUUACAGGUUUGUUUUUGUUUAUUUAUGCCUUAACUUCAUAACAACCAACCAAUCACCACCCUCUUUAUAGUUUGAUAAAAACAUAUUGAUUAUGUACUAGCUGCAUUGAUUAGUGAACAGACAUAUUUUUGAAGGAUUUGUUUAAUUUUUAAAAAUGAUUAUGUUUUUUUAUAAAGUACCCAACAAGAAAUGAAGUUAUAUACACCAAAAAGUAAAUAAAUAAGUAAGCUGUACCUGUUGAACCAGUCAUCAGUGUAGCGAGGGUAGGGAAAUCUGUCAUUGCUGCUGAAGUCAUAGCUUGCUUUAGCAUUCUGUAAAGAAAAAUACUUCCAUGUUAAAUAACAUUAUAUGUAAUUGAAAUAUAUGGCAAAAAUUCAAUACACAGACACAUACAUAUAUUAUUAUAUCAAAAUAAUAUAUUUGUCAAAGUUGUGAAUAGAUACAGUAAAUGAAUACCCAAAAACAUUUUAACCAUGUCAGAAUUACUCAGGUAUAGAAAGACUGUUUAUUCUCAAUAAGUAUAGUAGUAAUUAAAAAUAUUUAUGUAAUUUAAAAUAUAUAUCUUUAUAUAUUGUAUUUAAGACUGUAAAAUGUAAUAGAAAUGGACUUGAAAAUUUAAAAAAAAAAUAACAUGGUAAUAGCAUAUUGAUACUAUGUAUGUUUAAAACUAGAUAUCUAAUCCAUAUUAUUAUUUGUUCUUCAUUUUUAAUAAUAUUCAGUAUUCAAGUUUUAAUUUUUUUAUUAAGAUAGUAUCAGUAAUAGUAGUAGUAGUAGUAUGAAGAUCUAAAAAAUCUUUUUGAAAUAAUGAACAAGUGUUACCAUUAAUAGUUUUAGAUGUUUGCUUUGUUUAAAUGCAACACUUAUAUAUGGUUGAUGUGUAUUAGAAUAUUUUCAACAUAAGUUGAAUAAUUACUUUAGAAUAUAUAAUUAAUGAAUUAUUGGGCUAUAUCUGGUUGUUUAAGUUGAAAUAUAUAUUUUAAAAAAAAUAUAUUUUAAUACAUUUUUAAAUAUUUAAAGUUUAUGUUGUUCCAUAUUUGAAUAAAAGUUUUAAAAUGC